AUGAACCAGGCGCGCCUGGUGGGCGACAGCAUGGAGUUCGCCCGCCUCUCCAACGAGUCGCACACGCUCUUCAAGCGGCACGGCGUCAAUCCGAUCAAGGCGAUGCUCGCUCCGAUGGCGCAGAUUCCCCUCUUCCUCACCUUCUUCCUCACCCUCCGGCGGAUGGCCAACUACCCGGUGGAGUCGCUGAAGGAGGGCGGCUUCAGCUGGGUGGUCGACCUCUCCAUACCCGAUCCCUUCCUGGUGCUGCCCGUCGUCACCGCCCUCUCCCUCUGGGUCACCCUGGAGCUCUCAUUUAGAUCGGGCCUGAACCCGAAUCAGACGCCAAUCUUCAAGUACGGCGCCCGCAUCGUGCCCCUGGUGACGCUCGCCUUCACCUACGACUUCCCGGCGGCCAUUCUGAUGUACUGGUGCACCAACAACGCCCUCUCCAUUCUGCAGGUGGCCGCGCUGAAGCAGCCCGCCGUGCGCACCUUCCUCAACAUACCGCAGAUCAAGGUCAACCCCGCCCGGCUGCCCGUCAACCAGAAGUCCUUUAAGAAGCACUUCAAGGAGACGAUGGAGAACGCAAAGAUCAACAAGAUGAUGGAGGAGCGGAAGACGAUCGACGAGAUUACCUUCAAGAAGGCGGGCAUUGGGCCGCUGAAGAAGACCUUCAAGGAGGAUCCGACACGG